CUUGGAUUGCGUGUGCUCUCGGCACUUGGGAGAUCAUCUGCUCUGCACGCGAGCUAGUGGACGCAUCGGUGCAGGAAAGGGCUCGUGGCAAUCAUGCAACGCCUGUGUCUCCUCCUCCCGCUGGCAAGCGCGCUGCUGGCACCCAUCUCUCCUGCUGCACGCACCAUUGCCGUGCGGCCAAACAGCUACUUGGACGACCUGCCCGCGGCCGCCGCGACGAAACCUGCGCCGGCACCGGUCGCCGCGCCUGCCCCGGCGCCGGCCCCGUCGCCCGUCGCCGCGGCCCCCGCGCCCGCGCCCGCGCCCGCCGCGGCGCCCGCGACGCCGGUCGCCGGCGACGUGCCCGCCGUUAUUGUGGGAUCCGGCGGCCGCAUCGGCGGCAUGCUCCUCAAGGACGGCGACGCCGCCUGGACGUCGACGAGCGGCUGGCCCGCCGACGCGCCCAAGGAGGGCCCCAUCUACGUCUGCACGCGCAAUGAUGCGUUGGAAGGUAUCAUCGCGGCGACGCCGGAGAAUCGGAGAAAGGACCUCUGCUUCCUCCAGAACGGCAUGCUGGGACCCUUCUUGGAAGCUCAAGGCCUGCCGGACGCGACGCAGAUCCUCAUGUACGUCGCGGUCGCCAAAAAAGGUGAAGAACCGACUGAUGGUAUUACUGAUGCGAACCCCGAGGGCCUGACGACGGCCACGGGCAAGUGGGCGAACGCGUUUCAAGCGAGGCUGGUCAAUCACUGUGUGGAAAAUUUUACGGCGCGUUCGUGCUGAAUCAUCGCGUCGUCCUCCACGCCAUCGACGCGACGCCUGCUCGAUGGCGUGGCGAUGCCGGUUCCUCGCCGCUCGACCGAGCCAGGUCGGCCGCGUCAUCGCCGAGAAAUGACUUAGUGAAGAAUUGUCGGGUGCACCCGAUGCACUGGUUGAUUUCCACACAGGUCAAUCAGGGCCUCACGUGCCACGUCAAGGACGGCGACGCCUUCACGAUCGCCAUGCUCGAGAAGCACGUCUGGAUCUGCGCGUUCAUGUUAGUCGGCGCUUCUCACGGCGGCUGCACCGUCGGCGAGGUCGAGUCGACGUACACCAAAGAGUUCGAGGCUCUGGCCAGUGAGAUGAUGACGGCGGGCGCCGCUGCAUUAAAUGUGGACGUCGCCGACGGGUACUUGGACCGCCUCAAGGCCUACGCGCGCGCGGUUUCGCACUUCCCGACGGCGGUCAAGGAGUUCGAGUGGCGCAACGGCUGGUUCUACAAGCUGACCUGUGACGCGGUCAAGGCGGGCCGCGAGGACCCCAUGCCGCUGCACACGCAGGCGCUCUACGACCUCAAGCUGCCGCUGCCGAUCGCGUGGAUCAACUAGGCAGUGUUCUAAUAUGGGUCUGGAG